AUGACCUUGAUGCUGCAAUGCUCCAACUGUGAGAUCAAGAUCAUGUGGUCAACAGUAUCAAAGGCAGCGGAGGUGAAAGAAACAGCAGAGAAACUGAAGCAGCUGGAGAAGAAGAAUCAGGAGGGUAAGACAGAUGAAAUCAUCAAACAGCUCGAGCAGGACAAAGAAACAGCAGAGCAGGUGGAGCAGCUUCAGCUCCAGGGUAAGACAGAUAGUGAAAUCAUCAAACAGCUCCAGCAGGACAAAAAAACAGCAGAGAAGCUGAAGCAGCUUCAGCUCCAGGGUGAGACAGAUAGUAACAACAUCGAUCAGCUCCAGGAGGUGAAAGACAGAGCAGAGAAUCUGAAGAAGCAGGUGGAGUCCAAAAAUUGGGAGAUGCUCUGGGCUGAGAAGACGAGAAAUUAUGAAACUGACAGAAAACUCAAAGAGUUGGUAAAGCAGCUCGAGGAGAAGAAGAAGAAAACUGAGCAAAAUCUCAAUGAGUUGGUAAAGCAGCUCGAGGAGGAGAAAAAUGAGGAAUCCCUUGGAUCUUGGUUGAGGUCCAGACUUAGGAAAUGAUCCAAUCAAAACUAAUCCAGAAGUUGCUCAACAUGUAACUGAGGAGAUCAUGAGGUCAAAGUGCUUCAUCAUGGAGGAACUUGAUGUCUGUUAUGUCAGUGAUUCAUGUUUAAAUAGUCAGUGGUUCAACUUGAAAAACUUUAUUCAGUCAAAACUUCGUUAAGUGAAGUAAGCAAAAGCUUAUCAUCCAUCUAAAAUUCCCAAAUACUAAAGUUUUUCAGUCCUUGUUCAGUUGAACAGAAAAACUAAUAAACCUUAUAAACUAAAAAUAUGUUGAAAAUGCACUGCUGAUUUAUAAACUUAAUUUUGUUUUUUGAAAGAUUUUAAACUUGUUUUAAGUUAGUAAACCAACCGAUCAAUAAGAAAUUGAUCAGGUAACAACUCCUGAGCCAAAGCACUAUUCUAGGAACAUUUUUGUGUCUGUGUGUUUAAUAGGGUUAAUAUUUUGUUCAUUUUUCUGUGUCAGACAAAUAGAACUGUAAUGUUGCUGUAUCUGUGUUAUUGUGUUUCAAAACCAUGUUUAUAUAAGUCUGAGUUUAAAUGUUAAUUAAAGUGAGAAAUGGAAGAAACUAUGUUGGAUUUUUAACGCUAAAUUUCAUAAUUAUUACUAAAAUAAAUAAA